AUGGGUGUUGAUUUUAAUCACCAGGAUGAACAGAAUCGAACACCGCUGCACUACGCCGUUCAAUAUUAUGGAGUCGAUUUUGUCAAAUGGUUGUGUGAAAGUGGAGCAAAUUGGAAAACCGCCGAUAUCAGUGGCCAGUAUCCAAUUACAGAAGCAGCCGAAAAGGGGGAUCCACCCGUUGUUAAAUAUUUUAUCGAAAAUCGACCAGCAACAAGAGAAUUGAAAAACAAAGCUGGCCAAAAUGCGCUCGCUAUUGCUAAAGCUUGCCGUUAUAACCGCAUUGUUCAGCUUCUCGAUCCGGGCAACAAAGAUUAUCGAGUUAAAGAAGAUGAAGAAGACCCAACGAUAGCACCACCAAAAUACACAUUGCAACAACUGUUGCGUGCAUCAGAGAAUGGUCAAGUUCCCAUAAUCAAAGAAUUUGUUGAUCAACGUUAUCGUUCGUUAGCAACAAAACUGAUCAAUGUAGGCAAAUGA